AUGGCUCGCCCUCGUGCUCAUUCGGGCGCUGAUGCUCCGAAGGAGCCGCACUCAGUCUCUCUUAAAGAGGAUACAUCUCGUGUGAUAACGUCCGUCCGAAUCGUUGCCGAAAUGCAAACACCGUCACAAGUCUCCUCUUUAGACCUUGAGCCCUCCGAUACAAACCCGAAUGAUGGCCUCCAAAAGGGACAGUCACUACAGAAGAUUGUACGAUUUGACCUAAAAGAGGAGGGCAACCAUAUCCUGGCGGUCAGCGUCAGCUAUACCGAGACGUUGAUGGGGAACGAUUUGCAGGCAGCCAGCGGGCGAGUGAGGACUUUCCGCAAGUUAUACCAAUUUGUCGCUCAACCGUGUCUCAGCGUUCGUACCAAAUCAUCGGAGCUGGCUCCGCUGGAGGUCGACAACAAGUCACUAGGGCCCUACGGCAAGACCCGCCUGCUUCGGUUUGCUCUCGAGGCCCAGCUGGAGAAUGUUGGAGACGGAGCUGUCGUUAUCAAGCAAACACGCCUAAACCCUAAACCACCAUUCAAAGCAAUGUCCCUCAAUUGGGAUUUCGAGCGACCAGAUGGGGCAGACAUGCCGCCACCAACACUCAACCCGCGAGACGUAUUGCAGGUUGCGUAUCUUGUUGAGCAAGAAGAGGGGCAACAGGAAGGGCUGGAGGCUUUGCAGAAAGACUUGAGACGGGACAGCCGCGCAGUGUUGGGGCAGUUAUCCAUUGAAUGGAGAAGCUCCAUGGGAGAUAAGGGGUUCUUAACAACGGGUAACUUGUUGACGCGGAAAAGGGUGUGA